GACUGGAAGAGGACCCCCGAACAUCAUUUUGCGCACCUCGAAAGUCAAGCCAGCAGCCUAAUGGCCAGCAAUAACACAGCCAAUAUAGCACAAGCCAGGAAGCUUGUAGAACAGUUGAAGAUGGAAGCCAAUAUUGACAGAAUAAAGGUAUCGAAGGCAGCGGCAGACUUGAUGGCCUACUGCGAAGCCCACGCCAAGGAAGACCCAUUACUGACCCCAGUGCCUGCUUCAGAAAACCCUUUUAGAGAGAAGAAGUUUUUCUGCGCCAUCCUGUGAAGCGGGAGCCGCGCCUUCAGGCUCCUCCACAAAAUGCCGAUUUAAGAAUUUUUAACAUCGAGGACUCCUUUUACAGUCUGCAGAAAAAAAAA